UCUGGGCCAGGAUCAAUAGCGUGCCAGCAACCAGGUAAUAGGUGUGAGUGUAUGUAGGUUUCUGAACGGUGGCAGUCCAGGAGACGAAUCUUCCGAGGUAGGACACUUGACGAGUCGAAUACAGUUUCAGUGUCGUACCGGAGAGCGCCAUGCCAGUAUCAUUGCAUCACGGAACGCUCAUUGCCUAGGAUUAUCAGCUUCUCCAGGCUGCCGCAAUGUGGCCUGGAGUAUUGAAGUUAUUGGUGUUAUUAACAUUCUUGCUACAUCCAUCAAGAUGUACGCAGGGAAAGGUGAAUUACCGGGAAAAGGAGAAAGAAGUGUUAGACAACAUUUUAGGAGGAUACGACGCGCGUAUCCGGCCCAGCGGAGAAAAUGCAACAGAUGGGCCCGCGGUUGUCCGCGUCAACAUAUUUGUUCGAAGUAUCUCAAAAAUAGAUGACGUUACUAUGGAAUAUUCUGUACAGUUAACAUUCCGGGAACAAUGGCUGGAUGAACGAUUACGAUUUAAUGAUUUUGGAGGUCGUCUAAAAUAUUUAACAUUAACGGAUGCGAGUCGUGUUUGGAUGCCAGAUCUGUUCUUUUCGAAUGAGAAAGAAGGACAUUUUCACAACAUUAUUAUGCCGAAUGUGUACAUUCGUAUUUUUCCCAAUGGUUCCGUUCUAUACAGUAUACGGAUAUCCUUAACAUUAUCAUGCCCGAUGAAUUUAAAAUUGUACCCCUUGGAUCGACAAGUUUGCUCAUUGCGUAUGGCAAGUUAUGGUUGGACAACCGAUGAUUUGGUUUUCUUAUGGAAGGAAGGAGAUCCUGUCCAAGUUGUUAAAAACCUACACCUGCCUCGGUUCACGUUGGAGAAAUUUUUUACUGAUUAUUGUAACAGCAAGACGAAUACUGGAGAGUACAGCUGCUUGAAAGUUGACUUGCUCUUCAAGAGAGAAUUCAGUUACUAUCUUAUUCAAAUCUACAUUCCCUGCUGCAUGCUCGUUAUUGUAUCCUGGGUAUCGUUCUGGCUCGAUCAAAGUGCUGUACCAGCUCGAGUUUCAUUAGGUGUGACCACCUUGUUGACGAUGGCUACACAAACGUCAGGAAUAAAUGCCUCACUGCCACCAGUCUCUUAUACAAAGGCUAUCGAUAUUUGGACAGGCGUAUGCUUGACCUUUGUAUUCGGCGCUCUCCUCGAAUUUGCUCUAGUAAAUUAUGCGUCGCGGAGCGACAUGCACAGCGAUAACAUAGAGAAAAAAUAUCCGCCGUCUGAAACGGAACAAUCCACAUCGAUGGAUCUACCCUCUGAUCAAGUCGAACCAGAUAAUUCGUCAAAUUUCGCUAUGACCGGAUAUGAUGGACCACUUCAACAUUCUCUACAGAAACCUCUGGUCCGACAACCGGAGGAUACCAUGUCGGUGGAUAGGAUGCAGCACUGCGAAUUACAUAUGCAACCACGAAAAAAAAACUGCUGCAGGUCGUGGCUGUCCAAGUUCCCGACGAGGUCCAAGCGCAUCGACGUCAUCUCACGGAUCUUCUUCCCCAUCGUAUUCGCUUUCUUCAAUCUCGCGUACUGGUCCACGUACCUGUUUCGGGAGGAAGAGCAGAACGAGUAAGCGUCGACGAGGAAGCGCUGGGAUCAAGGAACGUGGCUCGCGGCCAUUCCCAUCAUUCUCACACCACAACCACAACAAGCACAACCGCCAAACCUCAUCAUCGUUCGCGCCCACGCCACCAUCAUCACCAACAACCGCAACCACCGUACCACAGUUGUCGCCUCCAUCACCAACACUACCAGCAUCAACACGGUAACCUGCAACAACAGUCGCAACAACACCUGCAGCAACAGCCGCCGCCACCGCCGCCCGCCCCAUCUGGUCAACAUCAGUCGUUACCAUCGCACCACCACCACCAGAGGCACAAACACCACCCGCGCUAUCACAUACAUCAAGCACAGCAACCGAGAUCUCCCUCGUUCUCGUCGUUGCACAACGUCGAAGGUAGCGGUCGAUGCUCGCCAAGGGGUUCGCGGCACUCGUGCAAAAGCCCUGCGAGAUCCUCACCCUCACCCUCGCCUUCACCCUCGCCCUCGCCCACUGCGUCUCGCAGGGCUACGCCCUCACCACCCGCGGCGACUGUUCGCACGACCCCACCUCAAGACAUCCGCCGUUUUCAACGAUUUCCGCUUCCUCGUACCGAGAGGUGCUGCUGGGGUCUUUUACCGCGGCGUUGGUUCACCUGUCGAGCGAAAGGUACCGCCGGGAUUGACUUCGUCUCGCGUAUCGCUUUCCCCCUCAUGUUUAUCUUGUUCAAUUUGGGAUAUUGGUCCACCUAUCUGUUCGCAGGUGACGAAAAUCUUCAUUUGCAAAAGUAAGGUUAUUGCGUAUCAUUAUCGCAUUGGGUAGUCCGCACAGUGGAUCAAGAACGAACAGGGAAAGAGGGGUGGAAAGGUGCAUACGCGAGUGAUAUCGGUCCACGUCGAAUAAAUUUAAUUAUAAAGUCUGUCUGCUCGAGCUGUCUCGACGGAUCGUGUCCCCGGAUCCGCGUUGCGACCAUUUUUCUAAUGGUAUGCCCGUCAUCUUUGUCAAUACUAUCGCCAAGGGACGGUGUGAAAGAGCGUAUAACGUUCGCGUCAAUAAUAUCUUGUAAUGUUGUGUCGAUAUUUCGAGAACAGAAGGAGGGAACACACAUUCGUUGGGAGAUGCUCGUACGCUUGUGUUUGAAACAAGAGUGGGAAAGGAAAGAAUGGGAUGAAGGUAUAAAAUCGAGAACAAAGUGUACUUCGACAGAAGACUUUUCAAUAAUCCGUGCCUGAAGUUCGAUGACCACAUAAAAGACCAAGGAAAGCGCAACGAAAUAACAACGCUCGGUACGGUAGGAAGUAGUCGACGAAAUAUAUUAUAUAUAAAUGAAUAUAUAUAUAUAAUAUAUAUAUACAUAAUAAAAAACCAACGGAAAAAAACGAAAAUGGUAAUAAAGAUUUAAGCUCUCUUAUGCGACCGUAUAUAUAUUAUAUUAUACACACAUACACACACCUCUGUAACAUAUUCGGAAGACCGCGUGCCACAGGAUGAAAACCAAAUGUAGUGUGGGCCCUGUAUAGCCACGGCCUGUUAAACGAACUACAUGCGAAUGAAUAAAUUUAUAAAUAAUAUAACGUAAUUAUAAUUGACAAGUAAAUCGUUAAUGCAACAAUGAUUCCUGUGUAUAAAAAAAAAAAAAAAAAAUCCUCAGUCUAAACGGAAUUAAACGAAUCAAUGUUAAUCAUAUUAUUUAAAUCCAAUGAUUAACAUUGAGUCGAGGUGAAUCAAAAGAAAAGAAGGAGAAAAAGAUAAAAAAAAAAAAAAAAAAAGAAGAAGAGAAAUGAUUGAAAGAACGAUGAAAAAAGAAAAAAAAAUGAAAAAAAAUAUAUAUAUAUAUAUAUAAAAGAGAAAAGUAAUAUUCUCGAGGAGACAAUUAGCUGAUAUUAAGAGAAUAAAAAAAAAAAAAGUCGCAUUAUCAUGAGAGAUUAUACAUUUAGAUAUUAAUUAUUGAUCGAGGCGGUAGUAUCACACGUGACAAAAAAACUCUCUCUCUCUAUUUCACACAUAUACCUACAUAUACACAUUCACACACGCGUACACACACAUACACGUUCACAUACACACAGACGUUGCUCUCCUUUGGACUUUUUCGAGAUCACGGGAUCUCUAAAGUAUUGCUCAUUGACCAGUCGAGACUGAGGAUAUUGUUCAAUGUGAAAUAUAUAGGUGGAAAGAAAAAAUCGUAAAAAGAAAAAAAAUUGAAAAAAAAAUGAAAAAAAAAGUAUAUAUAUAUAUAUAGAUAGAUAUAUAUAUAUAUAUAUAUAUAUAUGAAAAUGGACUGAACCGAGUGGAUCGAACGUGACGCGAUCCAUCACGGGACAUGGAGGCGUAGAAAUUUUGUUUUCGAGCAAGCGUGUUGCGAAAUGUGCGUCGGAGGUAUCCUUCGAGAGGAAAAGAUUUUAAAAAAGGAAAAAAAAAGAAAAUAGAGGGAAAAAAAAAAAGAAAAAAAAAAGAGCGUUGCAAAUAAUAACGAAAGGAAAGAGGGUGGGAAAGAGAGGGGGGGAUGAGAUUGAAAGGAUUUUAGUUUUUGCGUGCAAACUUUGUUUCAAUUGUCAAUCGUAUCGUUUAUCCGCCACACGCGUUAACGAGAAUUCUUCCAUCAAGCGGAAAUAUAAUACAGGAUGUUUCAAAGAAAGAGUCUAAAAUAAUUGUAAUUUUAUCAAAAAUUCUUUCGCGAAUAACCAAUAACGAAGUAAUGAGAUUUUCGAAAGAGAUUGUUUCCAAAUAAAUUAAAAAGUAGUUUUUUUUUUUUCCUUCAACGAAUUAUUUUGAAGAUUAAUUAAAAUUCAACUUACGUAUUUAUGUAUCUAUUGUUAACUUCUUGAAUCUUAAAAAAAAUUGGAUCUUCGAUAUCGUGGAAUAAAAUACAAAAUUCGAUACGAAAAAAAUUGACUUUUAUGAGCUGAAUUCAACCUGUGUACUGUAAGCUCAAAAAGUUUUAGACCUUUCUUUACAUUCCGUAUACUUUAUAGUAGAAUUAAGUGUUCUGUCGUAUUUAUUUCAUUUGUUGCAUGCGAUGAAUUCGUUUCUCGCGAGUAUCUCUAAGACGCAAUAGAUUUCCUUUCGACGAAAGAAUUAUAGAAAAUUAUAUCAAGCGAAUCCUUUCUGGCGUUUUCCUUUUUGUCGUUCGUUUCUUCCGACCUGUAUCGCCACUAUCGAUUCGUCGCUGAGUAUAGUUCGAUGCUUCGAUCGUUAAAAAAAAAAAAAAAAUUUUAGAUCAGAGGAACGAUAUAUAGACGAGGAUAAAAAUAACACCGAUAUAUUUAAAAAGAAAAAGAAUAAUAAUAAAAAAAAAAAAAGAAAAGCGAAAGGAACGACUUAAAAAGAUGUUAAAAAACAGCGUACAGAUAUCACGCGAAAAAAAGAGAGAAAGAAGAAAGAACAAAGGGUGAAAAAAAAAGAAGGCAAGAGUGUUGUGCUAAUUUUAUCGUCGUUUCACGCUGUCCUUCCGUUUUGCUCAUUCUUGUUGAUUUGUCCGUUUAAUCAUAGCACAAUGUCGGAUCAGUAUAACGUCCUGCUCAAUAACGACUGACAUAAAAAAAAAAAAACCAAUUAUGAUGAAUUAAUUGUAUAUAAGUAUUCUUAUCGUGAAUAACGAGGUGUAACGCGCUGAAUGAAUUCCCGAAUUUUAAACUGAAAUUUCGAUUUUAUCGAAUAAAAUACCGUGCGAGACGUGACCGCAGAUAUAAAUAAUUGAAUAAAAGAAAAAGAAAUAAAAAAGAAGAAAAAAAUAAUGAGAACAAUAUAUUGAAACCUGAUCGUAAGGUAAAAAUCAUUUAAUCGUCGAAAGUUCUCUCCGGGCAGUGAUAAUCAUAAGGAGAAUAAAAAGAAUAAAGAUAAAAAGGAGGAAAAAAAAAAUGAAAGACGUAUGUGUAGACUCGAUUCGUCUCGAAUGUGAAAAAAAAAACAAAAAAUCAUCGUCGAUCACUGUCUAAAAUGAUUACGAUGGAUGAGAACGAAUCGUCGGACUGGUCACAAAAUAAAUAAUACGGUAAAUUGUAAUCCGCGACUAACGCGUAUCACGUACAUUCUUUGUAAUUCAAACCAGGCAAUCACGUUCACGUUUUAUAUUAUCGGUACGACGAGUACGCCCAUUAAUAUCGGACUGCACAUCGUUCCAGGCGUUUUAAUAUCGUCAAAAAAAAAAAAAAAAAUAGAAAAGAAUAAAAAAAAAGAAUUAAUAAACACAUAGAAAUGAUUGAGGGAGCGACAACGAUGUGAAAUUCUGAAAAAGAAAUUAAUGCGUGUUUUUUCUUUUUUAAUAAUUUUGCAUCGAGUCGUUUUUAGCGCGUUUAUUUCGUAAAAAAAAAAAAAGUGAAAAAAAAAAAGAAAUUCAAAGAAUCGCAAAUAAGAAACGCCUGGCACGUUGUCGAUCUUAAUCGUUGUCACCUUUCAAAAUUGUAGCAAAGCGAAAAAGGAGAAUCGAUGAAUCGAAGAUGACGUUUUUUCGUUUCGAUUCGGGAUUUUGUUUGGAGAAAAAGAGCGAGCGAUCAUCAACGUAUUUAUUUUUCACGAUAUUAUAUCAAAAAAAAAAAAAAAGAGAGAAAUUGAAUCGCGAUUUUGAAGUGUAAUAUAUACAUAAAUAAUAAUUUGGGGCAGAGACGAAGAAUUUUUAAAUUUUUCUUCUCUUUAGUUUUAAUAUUUUCUGUGUUUUUUUGCCAUUUGCCAAUAGUUGAAGGCAAAGAGAAAAAGUACAAUGAAAAUAAAGAUAAUUUAGAAUUAGUUGUACGAAAUUGUAAAAUGAUAAUUUAAAUGAAGAAAUACUUCGAUAAUAUUGAAAUUUGUCAGACAGCUAUUGGCGGUAAUUUGACACAGUAAAUUCGCCCUCCUAUAAAUCGAUAUUCUUCGUCAUAGUAAUUAAUUGCAAUUUAAGUUAAACUUAAAAUAUUUAAAUUAAAGUUUAAUCUUUAAAUAUUUUAGUUUGUUAGAAUUACAAUUAAAAUAUUUAUUAUCGUUAAAAUGUUAACACUUUUUUAUUUGUUAUUUAAAUCUAUUAAAGCGUUAUAGUUUUAGGAGUGGAAUAAUGCAGUGAAUGAAAAAAUAUUGAAACAAGAUUGAUAUUAAUCCUUUCGUUACAUAAAAGCACAUAUACGUUUCCUAUAAUGAAAAGUGAUUUUUAUUUUUGUUUAUUUUGUUACUGGGAGUAAUUAUUUAAAAAUUACAUAAAUGUUCACAUUAUGUAAUAAAAAUAAAAUAAUUGGAAAUCAAAAAUUGGCCUUCAAUUUCGAGAGUAUCGUAACGAAAGGGUUAAAAAAUAGAGUGAAAAAUUUCUAUUUUAUAAUUUUUACACAAGUCAGGCAUGAAUCAUUGAACGAACCGAAUUGUUUCUGUAUCCUUAAACUAUGUAUACGAAAUAUAAAUACUUAAUGUAAUAUAUACAAAUUUCGUUUAUAAAAUAUCCAGUGUUAAUUGGCAACGAUUGUGUGAGUAUACUUUUCGUACCUACAUUGUACAUUGAUAAAUUAAUUAAUCACGUGAAUUAUAUCGCAUAGUAGUAAUUCAAAUGAAACAUUACAGUCGCGGAUUAUUUUUCAAAUAAAAUAUUCGAAACUAAUAGAUUGCCGAAUAAUUAAAAGAAUUCAAAUUGAUAGAAAUGAGAAAAUUGCACUGAAAUUAUAAAUCAACUUAUAAUUUAUUAUAUUAUAACGUAUAUAAUUUAUAAGAAAAAAUGGAUAUAAACCAGUGAAUGAAUUUGAAACGUUUUUUAACUUUUAUUUAAAUUAUAUUUAACAUAAAUUCUCUCUCUCUUCCUAAUAUAGGAAUAUUAUUAUUUAUUAAUAAGUAUUAUUUUAUAUUUAUAAUAUUUUAAUAUUCUAUUUAUUCUCUUUGUUAAUUAUAUUUCUGUGAAGAGAGAGAAUAUUUGUAAAAGAUCGUACAAAAUAUAUAGAAAUCAUAGGGGAAUUGUAAUAAAAUAAAUUAAAUUGGAUUUAAAACGAUUUUAUUUAAAAAAACAUAAAAUAUAUACAUGAAAAUAUAUAUAUUAUAUAUAUAAAAAAAAAAUCUGCCCUUUGACUUCAAAAUCGCAACAUUAUCGGAAAGAUAAGAUAUUUUAAAUUCCAAAAUACACACCUAAGAAUCUAAUUUUUAUUGUUUUAGUGCGUUUACUAUGUAAUAUUAUUAUAAGUACAAAAAAACGUUUCUCUAUGUAGUUUAAGAUAUGUAAUAAGUUGAAACAAGAAAGGAAUAUAUCUAUCAGAGAAUCA